GAACAUCGCAGAGCCAUGCGUACCUCAAAAUACCCUACUAACAACAACCUCUUGAGACUUUGUGGUAGGAUACAAGACUUACGCGGACUUUUUAACAAUACAUUUGACGGAUUUAUUUAUAAGACCGAUCAUUUACAUAAAGAAGAAGUAUGCCUCAUCUGUCAGUGCUUCGUUUUAUGGCCGUGUAUCUCAUGCUGUUUGGAUACCUUGGGGAUGCUUAUGCCGGGGCGGUUUUACUGAACUCUAAUGCCAUCAAGAACUUGCCUGGUGGCAACGACACGGUUAGCCCGAGCCCACGCCCGUCUUCACCAGAUAGCGACAGGCAGAAAGCAGUCGUGGACACUUUGCAGCUUAUUUGCACAUAUGAUGAUGAGUGUGGGACCGAUGAAUUCUGCAAUGAUAUCCGAGGCGCGUGCCUCCCAUGCCGAAAGAUCCGGAAGCGGUGCGCAAGGGAUUCAGUGUGCUGCGCUGGGAACCGCUGCAUCAACGGUGUUUGUCAGGCCAGUGAUCAAGAUGCUGAAGCUGUAGUCACUACCAGUGUUGGGAAUAGCCAGAACAACACCAUGGAACACCAUGGCAAGAGACUGCCUCUGCCCCAAGGUCAACCACAACAUUCUGUCAAAGGUCGGGAAAGUGACAACUGCCUGAGGUCCUCUGACUGCUCUGAGGGUCUGUGCUGUGCACGCCACUUCUGGUCUCGUAUCUGUAAGCCGGUGCUGACGAAGGGCCAGGUGUGCACGCGUCACCGUAGGAAAGGUGGCCAUGGCCUGGAGCUGUUCCAACGCUGCGACUGUGGAGGUGGUCUCUCCUGCAGACCGGAGAGAGGAGAGAAAGACCCUGGAGUCAGCAGAACCGCAGACCGGAACCUACACACCUGCCAGAGACGCGGACACACACACACCCUGAACAUACACACUGCCUAAGAUGCUGACACACUGCCCAUAACCUACACAUUUGUCAGAGAUGCUGGCACGCACGCACGCACACACACAGACACACACACACACACACACACCACCUGGAAAGGAAGAACAGAUUCCAGAGAAAAGUGAUACGCUCAGAGGGAUGCGAUGGUGUAAAAUGGACCAAUCUGAUUCCCCUGGAUGCUGGAGGAUGCCGAAUAAGGAAGUUGUCAUUGGAUGUGUCUUGGAAAGAUCGAUAGGUCAUUAAAAAUGGCAGAGUUGUUUUGUUUCUCUUUUUAUGAAACUAACCUUGAUUAUUGCAGUAAAUUACUGUAUUGUAAAUACUAUACUGGAGGUGGUACUUAACUGAGCUAUUGAAAUCUGUCAACACCAGUAUGAUAAAUAAGAACACGGUGCUGCGUGGUUCGUUUCCAAUAUUGUAAAUGUGUACACAAUGUGAUUUAUAUUGUUAAUUACUGUUUAAUGUAAAAUGUAUAUUUGUUUUAUUUACUUGUAAAAAAAAAAAAGUAAAGAUAUUUGUUUUAUUAAAACAUUAUAGUAACCUGA